GAAUUAUAGACUUGCAUUUGUUCUCUUAUAGCCCAAUCCCCUCUAUAUAUAUACCUAAACCAAGUACCUCACAUUCGGACCAACAAAUUCUCUCUCGCCCUCUAUUUAUCUCUGCCAAUUCGAUCAGAAAUUUUAAUAAAUUAUCUAACCCUUCAAUCAGAAGCUAACACACCAUGGGAAGAGCACCAUGUUGUGACAAAAAUGGACUCAAGAAGGGUCCUUGGACGCCUGAAGAAGAUCAAAAACUCAUUGAUUAUAUACAGAAACAUGGCUAUGGAAACUGGCGAGCCCUUCCAAAGAAUGCAGGGCUUCAGAGGUGUGGAAAGAGUUGCCGCCUACGUUGGACUAACUAUCUACGGCCUGAUAUCAAAAGAGGAAGAUUUUCAUUCGAAGAAGAAGAGACAAUAAUUCAACUGCAUAGUAUACUGGGGAACAAGUGGUCCGCCAUUGCUGCUCGUCUUCCAGGAAGAACUGAUAAUGAAAUCAAGAACUACUGGAACACCCACAUUAGGAAAAGGCUUCUUCGAAUGGGAAUUGAUCCUGUGACUCACAGUCCUCGCCUCGAUCUUCUCGACUUAUCCACUGUUCUAAACUCAUCUCUCUACAAUUCAUCCCAUUUUAAUUUUUCACGAUUAUUAGGGAUGCAGAAUAUAAUAAACCCUGAUUUGCUAAGGUUAUCCCAAACCCAAAACCAAGAUUUUCUUCUACAAAAUAAUGUUCAAGCAAAUCAGAUUUCCAAUGCCCCUGUCCAAAACCAAAUGCCCCCGUUAGUCCAACCUUGCCAAUUACUAGAAACCCCACUACAAGAUGAUCGAUCUCAACUCAUGAUGCAAUCAAACGGUGAAGGUUUUUCACAGAAUUGCCCACUGUAUGAAUGGCAAAGCAGUGGAUUAAUGCCAUCUAUUUGGGAAGAGGAUUAUCUACCUGCAGUCAAAAAUUACGGCUACAGCGGGCCGUCCAAUCAAUCCAUCAUAGAUCCUCCUCCGUCCGAUGAUCAGACUUCAACAUUUCAAUCUAAUAAAAGCAAUAAUUUCAGCUUCCAAUCCGUCAAUAUAUCAACGCCCUCAUCAAGUCCAACUCCAUUGCGCUCAAGCUCAACUUAUAUUAACAGCAGCAGUACAAGUCAUGAAGAUGAGAGAGAGAGCUACUGCAGCAACAUGUUAAAUUUCGAUAUUCAAGAUAUCUUGGAUGCAAAUGAAUUUAUGUAACUUCAUCAAGAAUGAAUUUAUCUCAGUUUAAAUGUUUUUCAAAUCCUCUGUGCUUGGCUUGAACUUAAUUUCCUCUUAAAUCAAUUUCUUUAACGCAA